CCUGAGACCCCUAGGCAUAAAGCAGGCCAUGUUAGUUCGGUAAAUUGUGUUUACAGCGCAUUUAAGAAGCUAUAAUACCCAGAGUGCCCCUGUGGUCCAAAUCAAAGAUGGCCAAUCAGCUACAGAGACUUGUAUCUGAAAAGAAAAAUGUUGUGGAGACUGCGAUGGAGGUUUUUGAGCAAGGUGCAGAAGUUGUGGCCAGCAUUGCUGGGGACCUCUUCCCUGUUUUCGCCAUUGCAGCACCCAUCGUGAAGCUGGCCCUGGACAAUGUAGAGAGCAAGGAGGCAGCAUUCAUGAAGGAGCAGUUCCAGAAGGUACGAGACCGCCUGGAGGCAGUCUCUGAGGAAGUCAAGCGCAUCAACCAGGAGAUCCAGAAGAGUGUAUCUGAUGCCACGUACUUCUCUGUGGAGGAGAAUCUAACGAAUCAGUUUCGCAAAUACAUGGACAUCCUCAACGCCAAACCCAAGUUCCGAGAGGUCAAGAAGAAGCUCUUCCUGGAACACUUUGCCAAGACUGGCGGUGAUAAGAACCUGGACACCCUAUACAAGGCUGUGACGGGAGACAACUUCUGUGGUGAGUCAGUGCUGGACAUCACUCAGAACUAUGAAGAGAAGAGCCGUCGGCCGAUGGAGGACUUCUGUGCACGGAUGAAGAAACUCUUCUGCGUGGGUCUCAUUGCUCUAAUGGGACACGCAGCCCUGAAAGAAGGAGGGGAUGAGGAGGACUUGCUUAAGGAGUGGGGGGAGAAGAUGAAGGCUGUCCAGGGGAAGAUGCAUGCUGUCAUUGAGGACUGCAUCAACAGCUUCCCCGAGCAGGCCAAAAUAGAUGCACACCGGGUUGUGAGGGACCAGGGGAGCCAGACCCAGCAACAGCUAGCAGAUGCCAUAGUGGAGACCCUAAAGAAGAAGUAUGACUGGGUCCAGUGGUCUGUCAGAGUGUUUAGCAGCCCCUCUGGCUUGUUCAGAAGCAGAGGGGAUUUCCAGUGCUUUAAAGGAAGGAGUCGUUUCCAGGUACAGGGAUCAGAAGAGAAGCUGAACGUGAUGGUGUCAUACAGCGCCUCACCUGAACCUCUAGACAAAGCCCGGAUCCAACGUCUCAUCCAGGGGAUGAAGAAGCUUAAUGUGGUGGCCGUGGCAGAGAUGCUGUCUGACCAGAUACCUGUUUGUGUUGUCAAUACAGUAAAGGCCUCCAAAGAUCUAGCUUACUCCUGGAGCUUCUCUGAUGAACUGCAUUACUGGGACCGCCACAAGAACCUGUAUGUGUGUGUUCACUCAGCCUGAGGCUGGGUCUGAGGAGAUGGACCAUGGCCGGAAGAUGAAACAUUCUAUGGUAGCCUGUACACUGGUUGAGAAAUUAGGCUUUGAAAGAGAUAUAAUUCAAUAUGUUACAAUAUUUAUAUAAAUAAUAGUUUGUACUCUAUAUAUAAUCCAUGCACUACGACCGGAGAUCUAGGGCUUAUUGGAGGAGAGGUUUUCCCUCACUGGUUGCUCGGUAUUGUGAGAUAUAUCAUUUGGAGGAACUGAUUCAGAGGUGAGCCAAAGAACUAGUAGGAAAAUGUAACCUGCUAUACACCUUGCAAUCGGUAACACUGGGGUUGUACUUGUGGCAAGUAACUGGGGUUUAGCUUGUACCUGUGGCAAGUAACUCACUGUCUCUUUGUCAAACAUUGACUUUACUUGCCUUGCACCAAAUUGUAUCCUAAACAGUAUAAAGGUUGGAACUUGAUAAAGGUCUGAUGAAGUACUAUAUAUGGUGUUUUUUCCUCUCUAGGGCAUAAUCUUUCCUUGUAAUAGCAUCAAUAGAAUGAGACAAGAUUCAUUUUAAUAGCCGGUGCUUCAUCACUACAAUGAAAUUAAUUUGAUUGUUCAGUGUAAUUGCACUUGUGUUCUAAAUUCAAGCUCUUGUUUUACAAAGGCCAUUUACUUUCAAUACUUAAACUUUGACUUUCUACAUAAUGUAUAUGCAUGUCAAUUCAUAAUGGCAAUUGCAUUCAUAAACUGAUCUUUCUUUGUUUCUGGGUCAUGUUUUCCACUGGGAAAAUGUUAUUUUGUCCAUUUCCUCAAAGCUAGACCUGGACCAAUUCCAUGGAAUUUGCUAGAAACAACCCCCGCAAAUGCAGAGCAGAUUCACUGAGAACAAGUGCGGGCAUGUUCAGACAAGUUGAGCACAGUGGUAGCUGAGAUACUGGUAUGUUUAUAAAUGUUUUCCACAGAUCCACAGUUCUGAACCUGUGGUGUCCUACAGCAGAAGACACAAAAUCACUGGCCAAUGCCAAUCAGUGUCGCAUGGGACAUUAUCUGGCAGAAUUCUCAUUGCUUGACCUGGUGUUACAGUUUUCUUUGAACUGGCUGCACUGGUGAGAUGAUUUCCAUGUGACAGUAAUUCCACAUCAGAUUUAUGUGUGUUAGUCAAUGCAUUUUACACAUUUAUAUUGUAUAUAUGGUAUUCUGAAGAACCCAGAUCUGAUGUCUGGUGCAAGGUUACAUGCUGGUUCUGCAUGUUGUAGUGUCAAUAUUGUGUCCGGGUAUGAAAAUAACAUACAUGAAAAGCUCUUUGCUUUGCUGCCCUGUUUUAUUUCUUUAAUUAUUUCUUUGUAAAAUGAAAAAGGGCUGUUUACAAAUUACCUUUCAUUUGGUUUUGUUAGUUAAGUUUGUCUUUGAUUUUAUACUGUGAUUUUGUCAUUGUUUCAAGUUUAAAAUAGCUGAAAUGAGAUUGUUUGUGUUUCACUAUUUCAAAACUUGUAUCACAAUCUAUAAUAGAUACUGCCAUGAAUACUUAUUCUUACUAAUACAACUGUUUCAAUAAAUAAAUAGUAAAUUGGGGUUUAUUAUCAGUUAUUUUCUCUUCAUUGAUGUUGUUUAUUCUAGCAUGUUUGAGUUGAAAAUAAAAAAUAAUAAGGCUGAUUGCAUGUAAAUUUUUUUAGAAUGCGGGGACGGCAUUGGCUCAGGAGGUAAGAGCAGUCGUCUGGCAGUCGGAGGGUUGCUGGUUCAGUCCUGGCUGUGUCAAAGUGUCCCUGAGCAAAACACCUAACCCCCAAAUGCUCCUGAUGAGCUGGUAGGAACCUUGCAUCGCCAUUGGUAUGUGAGUGUGUGUGAAUGGGUGAAUGAGAAGCAUCAAUUGUACAGCGCUUUGAAUAAAGGCACUAUAUAAAUGCCAACCAUUUACCAUUUAGAAUGCAUUAUACAGCCAAAAAAAUCUCUGGUAUGAAUUUCUGAAGAAGCAUUUAUGUUAAUCAUUUAUUUUUUAACAUGCAGUAGACUGGUUGGUUCAGUUGAUGAAGUAGAAAAUGAAGACACAGUGCUCAUGCUAUUCUUUACCUUGGCCCUGCUUACUCCUCACAACAGAAUGUAAAUGACUGAUAAUAAAUCAGUUCUGAGAAUGUGUAAGCUAUGCAGAGCUGCUCAGCCUGAAUUGUUUCUUCCAAACCUGGGAAGAACAGACAGGGUUCACAAUGUUGGCAAACAUUGGAAAAAUGGAAGCAUCCAUAUCAUAUCCCUAUCCAUAGCAUGCAGAUCAUAUCAAAAAGAAGCUAUGGGCCAUAAACUUUAAAGACUCCUAAUAGCCCCAUUUUAGUGAUUAUUUAUCUGGGAGCAUUUGUUUUGUUUUGAGGUGGAACAGUGUUAUGCAAACUUGUAACCAGGAAGUUUAACAUGUGGUGUCCAGAUAGGACAUUGCUGUUAUAUCCUUGAGCAAAGAAAUGAACAUGAUCUGCUGCAAUAAAUGUCCAACUGUAUAAACAC